GUAACUGUGCAGUUCACAGCUGUUUUAUUGGAUUUAACAACGCGGAUAGACGGAGCUCCCCUAUAAUUUAUCUACACAAUGCUAAAGUGGUGCAGUUUGUUGGAGAGCUCAUUUGAUUUGAACACUGUCACUUUAGCAUUGCCAAUGUGGCAAAAGGGCACUUCCGACUUUCACCACUAGCCUCCUCAACACAGAACUUUUAAUCCUUUGAGAGGCCACAAGCUAUAUAAGAUGGAAUAAAAUUUUCAGAUCUCUAUACAUUGCCCCCUUUCUCCAGAAGACUGGGUGCUUGUUGCAUGCCUAGUCCCCACCGCUCAGAGCAGCAUGGCAGGCAAUGGCCGAACGGGGAGGUCCAUGUUCUCAAAGCUUGCUGUGCUGUUCAAGAGACCACGUCAUGAGAGAGUGAUCCUAGCACGCAGCGAGAGCGUGCCCAACGAGCAUGUGCUGAAGGUCACAAUUACAGAGACUACUGUGAUUGAGGCUGACUCUGGCAUCUUGAACUCUAAAUCGCUGGCAUAUCUCUGCCUGUGGUACUUCUUCAGCUUCUGCACACUCUUUCUCAACAAGUACAUCCUUUCCCUUUUGGAGGGAGAGCCAACUUUGCUGGGUGCUGUUCAGAUGCUCUCCACCACUGUGAUCGGCUGCAUCAAGAUGUUCGUGCCCUGCUGCCUGUAUCAGCACAAAUCCCGAUCCGAAUACCCACCCAACUUUCUCAUGAUCAUGCUCUUUGUGGGUUUAAUGAGGUUCACGACUGUGGUGUUAGGGCUGGUUAGCCUGAAAAGCAUAGCUGUGUCAUUUGCAGAGACUGUGAAAAGCUCAGCACCCAUCUUCACUGUUAUAAUGUCCAGACUGAUACUCGGUGAAUACACAGGUAUGUGGGUGAACUUGUCGCUGUUUCCUGUAAUGGCUGGUCUGGCUCUCUGCACAGCCACUGAAAUCAGCUUCAACCUGCUGGGUUUCUCUGCUGCUCUCUCCACAAACAUCAUGGACUGCUUACAGAAUGUAUUCUCCAAGAAGCUUCUAAGUGGAGACAAAUAUAAAUUCAGCCCUCCAGAACUGCAAUUCUUCACCAGCGCAGCUGCUGUCAUCAUGCUCAUUCCAGCCUGGGUCUUCCUUAUGGAUGUUCCUCAGAUUGGGAAGAGUAAAAGUAGUUUCUCCAUAAGUCAGGACAUUGUGGUGUUGUUGCUGCUCGACGGAGUCCUGUUUCAUCUGCAGAGUGUCACGGCCUACGCUCUCAUGGGACGCAUAUCACCUGUCACCUUCAGUGUGGCGAGCACAGUGAAGCAUGCAAUGUCCAUCUGGUUAAGCAUCAUUGUGUUCAGUAAUCCCAUCACAUUGCUUUCUGCUGUAGGCACUGUGUUGGUAUUUAUAGGCGUUAUUCUGUACAACAAGGCUAAAAAAGUCCAGAGAAAUGCACUGCAGGCACUUGCCCAAGCAGCUGAGUCAGACCAGAGACCCUUGCUUCAGGAGUCCAGUGUUAAAGCAGCAGAUUGAAUCAGAUAAUUCCAAAAUCUUUGGAAAGUAAUGUUUCCAUGUUUAUUUUUGCUUUUCAAAUUGUGAAGAAAAGCAUUCUAUUACUUCCUCCAGCUCAGCUUUGUUUUGUGACACAUUAACGUAAUUGCAUCACACGAAUGGUCACUUGCAGCACAACGGAGGAAGGAUCCAACGGCAAGUGGAUGGUUUACUUCGAUUGUAUUUUGGUGGUUGGUGAUUUGUCUGGUUGGGUGGCUUGCUGACCAGCUGGUGUGCAGUUUAGUUAGUUUGCUAACUGGUUGGCAGAAUAUCUAAAUAAUUUGUAUUAACUGACAUUUCUAAAUAAUUGAAUUAGUAUUCUAAGUAAUUGAAUAAGUUACAAGGUACACAUCUUACAUAUUGGAAAAGCUGGCAAAUUUACAUCAGCUUUGCUGUAAUUCUGUGUAAAUGGACUGUUCUUCAUGUUGAAGGACAUGCUGACCUUAGCUGGGCACAGUCAGAGAGUUUAUAUGUUAUGUAUUAGUGUUUCUUAAAAAAUGACUCAGUAAAAUGUAUUGAUGUGAUUUACAAUCAUUUUCAGGCUGGAUUAGAUUAUAAAUGUCUUCUACAUUUGUGUUUUUUAUUGUACACAGAUGCCAUGCUAGCCAGGCUUGGUUAACAAGGUUAGCCAGCAAGACCGAUUGCCAACAACAUUUUUUUAUUUGGUUUGCCAUAAUUAUUUUUGAUUGUUAAUUUGCAUUCACAAGGCAGGCAAAACGAGAAUUGAAUUUUUAAAUUGCAAGGCAACCAUAACUAAAAUGCUAAGUCAUGGUAUAAUUAUAAUUAAUAACUGCAGUUAUUAACUGACCUACUAGUUUUACUGCGGCUUUAAAAAGCUGUUCUGUUAAUCCUCAAGAAACACAUAAUUCCAUAAUUUAAAGGUUCUGCUUAAUCAUAUGGAAGUUUGUACAUUAUAUACCUUUGUGAAUGUCAUUAAGUUGUUUUUUGUGUUUCUAAACACUUUUUUGUUACCAGACAAACCAGACCAAUGGCCUUAUAGGGAAAGUUGAUUCUCCAUUUUUUUCCACACAUGAGCUAGUGAAGUUUUGGAAUGUUGUUCUAGAUGGUUACAUCUUACAAGAGUCUGUUAUGAAAUUACCACCCCUAAAUUUACAUCAGACCAAAAUGGUGAUGAGCUGCUCUUGAAAGAAAACAAAACUUUAUGAGGGAAUAUUUUCUUCACAUGCCUUAUUAUUUAUAUAUGUAUUAUUCCAAACUGUGCUACAGCUAGUAUAGAGUAAGCAAUUAAGUAUUUUAGAACAGAAAAAAUGCUGUCACAUAUAAUAAAUACACUUUUUUAAAGCUUUUUAAAUGACAUGAACAAUAUUGCCAGAGGCUCUUGGAAUUGGCUCUCCAACAAGGUCAUGGUCAGGUUUGUCCAUUCAAAAGUGUUAUAGUGCUCAAUGAACAAGUGGAGCUACCAAAAUGUUACUACCUCUUAUGAUAUAUUUUCUGUUCUAAGCAAGUUAUAACUGACUUGAACUUAAGACUGACUUGAACCUGAAAAAAGCUUAUGCCAUGAAACUAUCAAAAGCAUGGUGGAAUGGGCGCUCAGGUGGCACAGCGUGAUAAGUUGCUAGCACACCAGCUCCGAGAUUCUGAACUCUGCUCUGCUACUGGUUGGCUGAGCACCCUCUAGCAGGCAUAAUUGGCUAAUGCCUGCAGCAGACAAAUUGGCCUUCAGUCUGCUUGGGUGGGAAAUGACCGGAUUAAACAGAGGAGUGGGGCUGUGAAAGGAACCUGGUUUCCCAGGGCGCUUGCACUGCGGUGGAAGAGCACAGAGGUCGAGGCUUGGCUGUCCGUGCACGAAGCCGGCCUCACACCCAAUUCACUGACGUGUGGGUGGAUAAGAAGGGAUCAGUAGACUGUGCACACAUCGGAGUGUGUGCCCCCCCCGGGCACCACUAGGGGUCCCCAGCAGCAGAUUGACUGUGCUAAAUUGGGAGAAAAUGGGGUAAAAUUCAAAUUAUAGAAAAAAAAGCAUGGUGGAAUAGCUCAGUGUCCUGGGGACCUGCCAGCAGUUAGAGAAAAUCAGGUACUCCAGUGUCCUUCCACCUCCUGUUUGUGUGUGUGUGUGUGUCUCUGUGUGUGUGUGUGUGUUUCCCAGUGAUUAAUUAGGCACAUUCAUUUCCGAGAUUACCAACCCUUAUCUGUUUAAGCAGCUUGCAAGUAACCUUUAAUUCUCAUCAGUAAUAAAUAAUAAUCAACAACAAUACCAAUAAUGAGGAAUUGUUUACACAUUAAAAUUGUGCAGCACUUUGUCAUAUUAGAAGCUUUUUUCAUUGUUCAUGCAGGGCAAGAUAUGGAAUACAAUAAAGACCCUUGUUUGUCAGAAUACACGUAUAGUGUAAAGUGUCCAGAAUUCAGUUCUGCUAUCAUUGUUUCAGUGGUUAAAUGAGCUUUCUUGUAAGUAGGGGUGUAAUGAUGCUCAUUUAAGUUUUUAAAAAAUCAGUGGGGAGAACAUGAAUCAGCAUCACAUAUCAAAGACAUAAAAACAGUGUCCCGAUACUUGUUUUUACUUUUUACAGCUAAAUUUCUAUUUCCACACUGCUUACUUGUCUGUGUGUGCAUUGCUAUGUUGGGUUACUAGCUUUAUGAAUCUCUUGUAAAUAAUCAAACUGAUUAACAUCAGGUACUUUGAUUAACUCACUGUAUCUGGAUAACUCAUUAAUACAGUUCAUCAAACAGCAUUUGUACUGCAGUUCCUUUGUGGCUCCUUGCAGCUUGUCUGUAUUGAAAAUGUUUAUAUCAUACAUUGAAACAAAUUGACAUGUAGAAUUUGUUCAUUAUACCUCUACUUGAGAGUAACUCAGUAUAAAGGUACGGUUGUCUUUUCACCAUACACUAAACAUGAUGAACAAUUUUUAGGGGACAGCAAUGUGAUAGAAAAGGCUUCUGCACAGCAAGCUGGGUCCUUAUGAACGGGGUUUGUUUUUAGCCCCUGAUGACUGUAAGUAGCUUCACAUUGUUCCCACGUCUGCAUGUUUUUAUCCAUCGUAACAACAUACAGAAGUUUAAUUUGCUGCUUCAAAUUGGCCUUAUGUGUGAAUGGAUAAGUCCAAAGUGUAUUCCUGCCUUGCACCCAAUGUUCCUGGGUGGCAUUCGACAGUGGAAAAUAUAAAACGCUCAUUCAAACUAAUGGAGUCAUUUAUGUGGACUCUUAUCAAACAAUGUUUUACAGAGUCACAUAGUGAUAAUAAAACUACUUUUACUGUGUGAAACUGAGAAUAAAAAUGUGUGAAGGCCAAAAUAUUCAGUGACCAAUUGAUUUCAAGCUCAUAUGUUUUUAAUGUUCUUUAAUGUGCCACAUAUUUUUUUUACUCUAUUUUUUGGUUAUUGUAAAUGACUAGAUGUUUGUUCUUUAAUCAGAUCAAUGUCUCAAAUCAAAUAUGAUACUGACAAUACAGUGUAUACAUCUAAAUUAACGAUAAUUGCAUCUAUAUUUUUGGUUAUUUUUAUUUUGUAGAUUUUUUUUCUGCAUUUUUGCUUCUUUUUUUUUUCACAAUCUAGUCAUAUCCAUUCCCUCCACUGCUGUAGACCCCUAUCUUGACCAAGUACUUUACACUUGCCUCCUUGCGCGUCUCUUCCUUUUGACCAGCCAGCAGAUGCCACAGUUGCAGCAGUAAUGAGGAAUCCUUUUGACCACUUCUCCCAACAGACAAAGCCUAUCAUUUCUGUGUAGGCCCCCGGCUAGUUGGACUCUGAUCUCCCAUCAGUGAUGGUCUAGCACAUUAGACCGCUGCACCACCCAAGUGCCCAUAGUAUUUGUAUUUUAUCAGGUGUUUAACACUUCAAGGACCAGUAUGAGUUUCAUCUUUGCUUUGUGAUGUAUUCAAUGCAAGUUGUUAAUCCCAUGCCAAAUUUCAUGUUAAAUUGAUAAGAAAGAACCUUUCUGGUAUGACAUUUUCCCCUGUGCACAAAGUGAGGGUUCUGACCUCAACCCUCAACACUUUAGAAACUAAUUAGAGCACAACUGCAAGGCCUUGUCAUAUAACAUCAGUGCCUGCUCUGUAGACGAUAUGGACACAAAUUUCCGUAGACACUCUCCAAAUUGUGUUCCCAGAAGAACUGAGCCUGCGUAUGUGCAGAGGUUAGGCCAAUAUGCUAAUUUCAGCAAACACAUUGUUUGUAUCCAGGUGAGAAUAUGAUAACUUUAUUUUAACUGAAUUAACUAAACAUGGAAUUUGACUGUGGUGUCAACUGUUGUAUAAAACUGUACAAAACAGAAUGUGUUUCCUAAACUACUGACCAAUGUACAUAUCCUAUUUCAUUUUACACUCAGCCAUGAGCCUCUGAUGCUUCUUCUAGAUUAGGAAAAUGUUUGGUUUUAUACCUGUGGACAGUUGGAUAUAUUUCUAAAACCACAUUUUUAAUCUUAACCUUACUAAAAGGGAACCGGAAAAAUCUUUAUCCUUAAGAGCAGGAAAAAAGAUCGUGUUUCUAUAAUGAUUAAUAAUGAGUCAUUUUCAUACUCUUAAUUGUUUUAAGAUGAUAAAGCUUGGUUUAAUCUGUGUAUAAAGGUGCUACAUUUGCAUUAAUGAGGUGUAUAGUCAUACAUAUUUGUCCCUGUUUUUAAACAAAUCUUUAAUAAAUUUCUAUGAAAUAAAAUAUUUGUGUUUAUUUCUCUGUA